AUGGCGGUCGAAGGCGUCGUGUCCUUCCGGAUCUCCCACGAGAGCGGCGGCAACGGGGCCGCCCCGAAGCAGUUCACCCUGGCGCAGGGCGAGGACAAGGCGAUCCGCAUCGGCCGGGCGCCCGGCAAUGACAUCCUCGUGGAGCACCGUGGGGUCUCCCAGUACCAUGCGGAGGUCCGGCUCGCGGAGGGCGGCAGCGAGCCGCGGCUCUGCAUCAGGGACCUGUCCAUGAAUGGCACCGGCCUGAAGAGGCCGGGCUCCGAGACGCCCUCUAGCUGCCCCAAGAACACCGACGACGCCCUGCCUGACGGUGCGGUGAUCCUGGUGCCGAUGAUGCUCAAGGCAGACGCGCAGCGGGCCUGGCUCAGAGUGCAGAUCCUCGAGGGCGAGGAGGCCGCCGCGGCCGCGGCGGCGAAGCCGCCGGCGCCGGCGAAGGCGCCGCGCAGCGCGGCCCCUGCGGCGCCGAGGAAGGAGGCGCGCCGGCGUCGCGCGGGUGCGGGCGCGGGCGCGGGCGAGGCAGCAGCGACGACGCGGCCAAGGAGGACGCGGAGAAGGCACGCGUCAGAUUCGUGGAGCUCCUGCUCAAGACCCGGGAGGUGA